AUGCUGAUCCUGACGUGCCCAGCCCAGCUGCGGUGCCUGGAGGAGGCUCUGCGGAGGAGCCUGCCUGCCACCCUGCCGGUCCUGGGGACCGUGAUGACGGUGGCCCGGGGGAACCCGGCCGCCCACGAGGUGCUGGUGGACUCCUGGCCCCAUUUUGGUGUCGUCUUGACCCGCCUGCGCCCAGAGGAGCACAGGGACCCCGGGGACUUCUACACCAACCAGUUGACGGUCUACUACCGGGAUGAGGGUGCCUGGCGGGCGCUGCUGGGGGACACCGAGGCGGUGGGCUGGACCCGGGCCUUCCAGAUGCACGGUAAGCCUGGCACGGGGGGCUUGGGGGGGUCCGGGUACCCCCCAACCCACCGCGCCCCUGCCCGGGCUGACGGCGCUGCCCCAGGGAUGCAGGAGGGGACGUACGAGGCCGUGCGCCAGGCGGCCGAUGCCAAGGGGCUGCGGCUGGUGACGUACCGGUACCAGGCGCUGCUGAGCCCCCGGCCCCCCCGGCCCCGCGUGCAGGUGCCACCGGGCCUGCGCCUGGCACCCGUGUCCCCCUCCCACGUCCCGCUUCUCAACGCCACCUGGGAUUUCGGGGGCAACGCCCGCAGCCGGCGCUUCCUGCUGGGGCUGGUGCGGACGCUGCCCAGCGCCUGCCUGCUGGGACCCCGCGGGCGCCCCGUCUCCUGGAGCCUGCUGGACCCCCUGGGGUGCCUAAGCCACGGCUACACCUUGCCCGCCUGGCGCGGGCAGGGGCUGAGCGGGGUGACGCUGGGUGCCCUGGGCCGGGACCUGCACUCUCGUGGCUUCCCCAUCUAUUGCGGGGUGCUGCCCCGCAACACCCCCUCGCAGCGGGCCGUCCGCGCCGUCGGCUUCUUGCCACAGCCCGGUACUUUCUACAUGCUGGUUGUCACCCCUCGGUAG